ACCCCACGUGACAUAGGUGAUGCCAACAGUACAGUGAGUGCAUCAGUUGAUACUUUUUUGUAGAUUCCCAGAUACCCGCUUGUUAUCACUGUAAAGUAAUAUUUGAAAUACAGUAUACCACAAUGGAUAACUCUGGAAAAGAAAAAGAAGCAUUGGUUCUAAUGGCUGAAGCUGAAAAGAAAGUUAAAUCUUCCCAGUCAUUUUUUGGGGCUCUUUUUGGAGGCUCCUCAAAGAUGGAGGAGGCGUGUGACUUGUAUGCAAGGGCUGCCAAUAUGUUCAAGAUGGCCAAGAAUUGGUGUGCUGCAGGAAAUGCCUUUUCUCAGGCUGCCCUCCUUCAUCUGCAAAUGCAAAGCAAACAUGAUGCGGCCAGUAACUUCAUUGAUGCUGGGAAUUCUUUCAAAAAGGCUGAUCCACAAGAGGCCAUAAACUGUCUAAACCGGGCUAUUGAGAUAUAUACAGACAUGGGAAGGUUCACAAUUGCUGCGAAACAUCACAUUACCAUCGCUGAAGUUUAUGAGACUGAACUGGUGGACAUUGACAAGGCCAUUGCUCACUAUGAACAGGCAGCAGACUAUUACAAAGGGGAGGAAUCCAUUAGCUCAGCUAACAAGUGCCUUCUCAAAGUGGCAACCUACGCAGCUCAGCUGGAGCAGUACCCGAAAGCUAUUGAGAUCUAUGAGCAGGUUGGAACCUAUGCAAUGGACAGCACCCUUCUGAAGUACAGUGCAAAGGACUACUUCUUCAAGGCAGCUCUCUGUCACUUCUGUGUGGAUAUGCUGAAUGCCAAACUUGCUUUGCAAAAGUAUGAAGAAAUGUUUCCCGCCUUUCCCGAUUCUCGAGAAUACAAACUGCUAAAGAAACUUUUAGAUGCCUAUGAGGAACAAAACGUGGAAGCGUAUACUGAUUCAGUAAAGGAAUAUGACACUAUUUCACGGUUGGACCAGUGGCUCACUACUAUGCUUCUCCGUAUCAAGAAAACCAUACAGGACGACGAGAGCGACCUUCGUUAAUGUCUGGCAUAAGUCUCUAUGUUUUUUCUGCUUUUGCCUCCCUACUUUAUUGUGCCUUUUCAACAGAGAGCAUUUUUGCCUCUGAUAUAUCCUCAUAUUCUUCAUCAACUACAGCUCUGGAAAAAAUCAAGAGGCCGCUGCACUUUUGUCUUUCUUUAAAAAUAUUUUGAGUGAGGAACAGAAGGGUAAAAUUUGCAGUGCCCUGUUAACCUUUCUGUUUUUGAAAGGAAAAUAAAGGUGCAGCGGUCUCUUAAUUACAAGAGCUGUAUGUGUUGAUUACACAAUGUUGUGCCUCCAACCAAAAAAGUGUUUAACCACCCAGCUACUCUGAUUGGCCCAGCAACUACUACUAGCAAUAUUUGUGGUCAUUUCUCCUGUUGAUGAACACCCUCCUUGGGUGUAACUGUGUUUUGAAGAUAUAAAUAUGACAACAGUGAACCCAGCCAAUAAUGGAGUGCCUUGGACUACCCCCUUCAGAAGAGUAACGCCUGUCAUAAGUGUCUUAAGUGUUCCUACAGGAAGUACCUUUGUACUCGACCCUUAGGAAUGAUGGACUGCUAGGCCUAGUUUUGAUGAUUUGAAAAUGCUUAUUUUCCUGCGUGAGGUAGUUGCCGAUCUUUUAUAGUUAAAUAAGUAAACACGUGUACAGCUGUUAUCAUUCCUGUUUUAUCAGAUCACUGUGUUGUAUCAGCGGGGUGAAAGAAACGAUGUAUUAAUAUCAUAAGAACUGGGCCUUAAGAUUUAAUUUGAUAUUCACAAAGUGGCCUUGGAAAAGCAAAUUUCUUAUUAUUGUUAUGAUGUUGAUUAUGUGUGUGAUCAUAUUAAAUGUGUUUAACGUUACAGGCUAUUCUCCCUAAUGCUGACAUGAAUGCAUCCUAUGUUAACAAAUAGGCUUUUUAGAACAAAUGAAUAUUGCCGCAUUUCUUUAUUCCAUUGCUAUUUGAAGUGCUAUUUUGAAAUGAUACUUUUGUCUCUGAUAACUGAAGCUUAUAUAAACUUCAUUGACUAAAGAUACCAGGCAAUAUGUUAAAAAAUGUCCGAUUUAUUUUGAGCUGUUGGUGUAAAGAUGGACAACCAAUUUCAGUCACUACAGUGAUCUAUACCCUCCAAUGCCUUACUAUUAGGCCAAUCACAAAAGGGUUUGAAAAUAGUCAAAUUACGAAUUUGAAGAUUUCAUUAAACGGUUUCUUAUUUA